AUGCGUUUUACUGGAUCGUCCCUUCUCCUCGCCCUCGCCGCUGUGACGGUCGUCUCUGGCCAGAAGCAAUACCAAAAGUCGACUUUGCAAACCAACGAAAAGACCUUGGCCGUUGGCCUGACUCCCAUAAACCGCCUGAUGCCCCGCCAGGGCUCUGCCGCUGCUUCGGAUCUGGAUACACCGAAUGCUCUGACGGUGUGA